AUGAAAAGAUUAUUGUUUAAGCUUGCAGGUCAGGAUGGUGAACAACCUGAAGCAGGUGCUGGUGAUAAUAAUGCUCAGGACAACCAGCCUGCUGCUGAGAAUCCAGAGGCAACUGCAGACGAUAUGAGAAGAAGAAGAAUGGAGCGAUUCCAACAGAUGGAAGCAGAGAGUCAAGCUCAAGGUUUAAAACAAUUGGAACAAAUGAGUAAAUCACCAUCUCCACCACUUACAUCUCCAAAAUCAACAUCUCCACCACUUGCUUCUUCUAAACUUGCAGCAGCUGCAACACCAUCAUCAUCAACUACAUCUGUAAAGCCAACGACAACAACAACAACAACAACUACAUCCACUUCUAAACCUGCAGCAACAACAACUCCAUCAUCAUCAUCCACAACAACAUCAACAGUAUCAGCAAAUGCUCAUAAAAUAAGAGAAUGUGAAGUUCCAAUGACAGAGUCUGAUUAUUAUAUAUUAGAAAAGAUAUUAUACAUUUACUUGAAACCAACUUCAGAAAAUAAAGCUGUAUUUUUGAAAUCGUUGGCGACAGAGUUGAAAAGUGAAUUGGCGGCAAGCGGUGAAAAGUGUUUCAAAUUGACACCGGAUGUGUUGGACAGAUUCAUGGUGGAGCGUUUGUCGACGGCCGCCAACUAUCCCGCUGUAGAAUAUCUGAUUGCCACCUACAAUCGUCUGAAGAACGAAUCAAAGAAAAAGGUGAAGCAAUUCGUUCAGGACCAAGCGUUCUCCAAUCAAUUGGUAGAGUUGAUCGUUCGCUACCUAGGAAUCAUCUUGACGAUACCCGACAUGUUCCAAAACUCAUCGACACCGGCAUACGGCACCGGUCCAGUACAACUACUUCCAUACCUCACAGGAGAGUUCACCGAAGAGUUAUCCUAUGAAUUCUUACAGUCAUUCAUUGAUCUCUAUCAAGAAGAUAAAAAAGAUAUUUUCCAACCAAUUUUCAGUUAUAUGUCAACCAAAAUGACAACUAUCACACUUUUAGGUGAUUUCCUGUCAUAUUUCAAAGCAUUUUCUUCGCUUAUACAAUUCAAGUCACUUUCUGAUAUUUUUAUUGGAUCACAAUAUUGGAAUCCACCUGGAAACAAUGGAGCUCAAAUGGAAACAGCAACGUUGUUGGGUGCUUAUUUCUCACCGAGUGCGACAUCCAAUGACCGUGCUGUGUUGAAUCAAUACUUCCCGUCGGCAUCGCAACUCUCACAACACAAUAUCAGAGAAGCUUUCGUUUCGAUUCACUCGGUACUGAAGAACUACGAUCAGGGAUUGUAUCAGUUGGUGCGUUCGUUGUUACGCUCGUCACCCGAAGCCAAAGAGGCAUUCUUGGUUUGGAUUUGCAGUGCCAUCGAUAAGAAUGCCGGUCGCACCAAGAUGAAUGUGAACGCAGCCGAAGUUGCAUCCGACGGAUUCGCACUCAACCUCGUUGCAGUGAUGAUCCUGCUGUGCGAGGCAUUCGUCGAUGUCAGCUUCUCAAAGGUAUCGAUGGUCGACACCAACUUCCUAUUGAACAGCAAGCGUCAUGAUCUCUCCUCCUACACCAGGCUCUCUGCAACCUCUGAAGAGGUCGAGGAAUGGCAGAAAUCAAAACAAUUAGAACCAAGUCCCAAUGUUAAUUUUAUUACGGAAUGUUUCUUUGUUACUUUGAGAUGUAUUCAUAUUGCAUUGAAUCCAUCAUUCUCAAAGAUUAAAAAUAUAUCGAGAGCUCUUAGAGAGAAUGAUAAUCUAAAGAGAAAUCUUAAUGAAACUAGAUCAUCAUGGCAAAAUACACCACAAGCUAGAUUGCAUGAAGCAAAUCUUGAAAUGGUAAAGAAGAGAGAGGAUCUAUACAAAGGUUUAUUGCUAUCGUUGGAAGCACAACUUUUUGAACAACAAUUCAUUCAAAAGACUGCUUUCUUUUUGAUUUUCACAACUAAAUGGUUACUUAAAGUUAUCAAUCCAAAUGAUCAAAAACUUCCAUUACCAUUACCACCAAAUAUUCAAUUCGUAGCAUUACCAGAGUUUUGUAUUGAAGAUGUAGUCGAUUUCUUUGCAAAUGUUUCAGCGAUGUUCCCUCAUUAUCUUGAGAAUCUACCAUUGGAGGUACUUGUAAACUUUUUCAUUACAGUCUUGUCUGCACCAGAGAAUGUAAAGAAUCCAUAUCUUAAAGCAAAGAUUGUUGAAAUUCUCUCUGAAUUCAUUCCAAGAGAUAAUCAUCCAAGUAAUAAUUACUUUGCUUCGUUGUUUGAAUGUAGUGAUUUGGUAAAGGAGAAUCUAGUUCCUUCGAUCAUGAGAUUCUAUGUGGAUAUCGAGUUUACCGGUGCUCACAAUCAGUUCUAUGAGAAGUUCAAUUACCGUUAUCAAGCUGCACACAUCUUGAAAUAUCGUCAAAUCGUGUUUGAUGCUUGCCAACAACAAUGUCAACAUGCUACACUUUUUGUCGCAAAAGGUGGUCGAGCCAUUCAUGAGACCAGAGAUUCUCGACAGAAUCUCGGCGAUGAUGAACUACUUCCUCUCGCAAUUGGUCGGACCGAAAUGCACGGAACUCAAGGUGCGCGAACCGGAAAAAUGACCGAUAUCUAUUUGUUCUUGGCAGUGGACGAGCGUUUCGUGCAGUCGGUCGUUCGUGACGGUAGAAGUUUCAAGGUGUCGAUGUUUGCCACCGCCGACAAGAUCAUGAGAAGAGAACGCUUAAAGAACGACGAUGAGAUGGACAAGUUCAGCAAGCUCAUCGAGCGAUUCGAACAAGCCGCCAGAGAAGAGGAACAAGAAGAAGAGGAUCUCGGUGAGAUUCCAGACCAGUAUCUCGAUCCCAUUCUCAGCACUUUGAUGCGUGAUCCAGUUACCUUACCGUCGAGUAAGACAAUCGUCGAUCGUCAGACCAUCGUCAGACAUUUACUCAGUGAUCAAACCGAUCCAUUCAAUCGUUCGAAACUCACCGAAGACAUGCUCAUACCCAACACUGAACUCAAAGCAGAGAUCGAUGCAUGGAUAAAGUCAAAGAAACAAAAAUAA